AUGCACUUCACAUCGUUUGUCGCCCUCCUCCCUGCCCUGGCCCUGGCACAGGAACAGGUGCCCCUCGCCGACCGCGUGCAGGGAUGGUUCAACAAGGCCAAGGCAAUGGUGCCUACUGCUGUGCCAGCUGAGCCCGUCGUUAAGAUGGCGGAGAAGGUCUCCGAGAAGGCUGUCACCCCGUUGACCCUGGACAACUGGGAGUCUAUCCUGACCCCCGGCCCCCAGGCCGAGGAUUGGUUCAUUUUCGCGACUGGUGGUAACAAGACCUGCUUCGGUCGCUGUGAACAUGCCACAAAGGCCUUCCAAGAAUCCACCCUCCUUUUCGCUGCUGAUCCUACCUCUCCCAACCUCGGUCUGCUGGACUGUGAGGAGAACCGCAUCCUUUGCUCCAUCUGGUCCGCUGGUGCUCCCGCCGUCUACUACUUCCAGGUUCCUGAGGCCCAGGCUGAAGGCCGCGCUCCCACUCCCAUGUACAUCGUCAACAUGAACCACACCACCGUCACCCCUGAGGAGCUUUACAAGAUUCACUCCGAGAAGAACUUCGAGAAGGUUGAGGCCUACGAGGGCGCUAUGCACCCCACUGACAGCUGGCUCGCCCAGAACAAGCUGAACAUCCCCAUCGGUUACGCCCUCUACGCCAUCGGUGCUGUUCCCAGCUGGAUGUUCAUGAUUGGUAUUUCCAUGUUCAGCCGUACUUUCAUGAACCGUCGCAUGCCCGGUGCCCCUGGUAACCGUGCUGCUAAUGCUCCUGCUGGCAGUGCCAACUAA